CCGGGCCGCCGAGCGGGGUCAGCGCGCAGCCAGGCCGAAGCCCCAGCGUCCGCGCGGCGCGGGCCUCUCCCUGCGGCCAUGGGGGUGUCCGCGCGCCUACUGCGCGCCGUGAUCAUGGGGGCGCCGGGCUCGGGCAAGGGCACCGUGUCGUCGCGCAUCACCCAGCACUUCGAGCUGAAGCACCUCUCCAGCGGGGACCUGCUCCGAGACAACAUGCUUCGGGGCACAGAAAUUGGUGUGUUAGCCAAGACUUUCAUUGACCAAGGGAAGCUCAUCCCAGAUGAUGUCAUGACUCGGCUGGCCCUUCAUGAGCUGAAAAAUCUCACCCAAAACAGCUGGCUAUUGGAUGGUUUUCCAAGGACACUUCCACAGGCAGAAGCCCUGGAUAAAGCUUAUCAGAUAGACACAGUGAUUAAUCUGAAUGUGCCCUUUGAGGUCAUUAAGCACCGCCUCACUGCUCGCUGGAUUCAUCCAGCCAGCGGCCGAGUCUACAACAUGGAAUUCAACCCUCCCAAAACUGUGGGUAUUGAUGAUCUAACUGGUGAGCCUCUCAUUCAGCGCGAGGAUGACAGACCAGAGACGGUUGUCAAGAGACUGAAGGCUUACGAAGCCCAAACACAGCCGGUCCUGGAAUACUACCAGAAAAAAGGGGUGUUGGAAACAUUCUCUGGAACAGAAACCAACAAGAUCUGGCCCCAUGUAUAUGCUUUCCUACAAACAAAAGUUCCACAAAUAAACCAGAAAGCAUCAGUUACUCCAUGAGGAAAAGUGCAUAUAACUAGUAAGAUGGGCAGAAGCUCCUUGUCCUAAGACUCAUGUAUGAAUCCUUUGAAAAUUAUAUUAAUUUCAUUUCUACUGAUUUUAUUCUGGAAAUUAAGGAUGUGCCAAAUGCGUAAGAUACCAAGAUUCAUCUUUUGAAAUCAUCUAGUGUGUUUUAUCCAGUUAUCUUCUAUGGGUGUGCAGUUCAGAAACAUCAGAGAUGUCUAAACUUUUGAAAAUUUAGAGCAUGAUUAAAAGAGCAGUUCGUAGUAAUUUAAUGUUUGUUCAGAAGAGUUUCCUUUUUUUUCUGGAAAAGUAAAAAAACAAAAAAGAAAAAACUCCAUAUCGUUUGGGGAAGUAUCUGAUCAGAGGCUUUGGUAUAGACUGAUGCCAAAAGACAUCUCUAGCACUGUGAUACACGAUUUUUUGAGACACUGUGUUUAUAAAAUUCCAGAAAAAAAGCAACUGGAUUUACAGAUCAGUUGCAGGGUGCAAACUCACUGCUGCCUUUACACUAAGAAACUUACAAGCUAGCCAUAUAUGCUGUUUAUUUUGUUGUUAAACAUAUCUUCAGUUUACUCAGAAUUUUCAAUUCACCAUAAAAAUGUAUCAGUUAAUAUAUAGGAAAAUAUUAGUUUCCUACGACUUGUUUGCUUUUGAAAAUACCUAUUUACUGAGGGAUAUGAUUUCUGUUAGAAACUGACAUUAUAAGUUCUUGAAAAGCACCAAAAUUGAAUUUUCAAUGGGAAAAAUAAUUAGUCUUAUGUUUUCAGAUGUUACUCAGGUUAAGAAAUGAAUCCUUUAGGUUCUACUCACCAAUUUCUCUUUUUGAUCAGAACGUAUGAUCUGCCUUGAUGAGUAAGAAAUUAAAGUACAAAAGAAAGAAUGAAAGAAAACCUGUGGCACUAGGCAAAGUAAGCAUGCUUUGUCAUUAGGAAAUAGAAAUUAAUAAGGUUUGCCUAGGGAAAAUUCCUUUGACAUAAAUAACAAUCAUAACUAGUAAACAGGUGUAGCAAUUAAAAGGAUUUACACCACAGGUUAAAAAAGACCGGGAAACUGAGUUUGCUGAAGGAAGAGUUCUUUAUUCCUAAUCAAAAUUGAAACCUGGUAGGGCACAGUGCCAUCCUAUCUUAAGGGGAAAGAACUCAGCCAGUGAAUGUAAUUUGAGCAGCCAUUUUAAAAUCAAAAUGAUUUGAUUACUUAGUGGGGCAACAAGGAUGCCUGCUUAUGUGCUGUGGCCUGAAGGAAGAGUGUGGCAGUAUGAGAAGUGGAGGAGAAACCCGCUAUAUCUUCAGUGGCGUAUUUACUCUUACUUUGCUUGGUGCUAAAUCAAAUGAAACAAGUCCUUGUACAAGCUGUUAUUAACUGCCUUUGAAAGUUUGGCCCAUUUUAUUCCAGGCACUUAAAAUACAACUGCCAGCAAGUGGUUCUUAUGUAUUUGUGGGAAAAAAACCUUACUUUCCUUUUUUUUUGAUUUUUUAAAAUUCAGUGUUGAUCUUCCAGAGUAGGUCACAGCUUUAAAAAAAGAUUACAGUAAACAUUUCAUUCUGUACAAAACGUUCUGUCUUAUUUGAAUGUUAAUAUUACGUGCUUUCUAAAAAUUUUACGAACUACUAAAUUUAUGAUUUAUCACUAGGUUAUUGGCAUAUAUUAGAAUUAAUGUAUUAGAAUAAAAUUAGGGCUGGCCCGGGGGCGUAGUGGUUAAGUGCGCGUGCUCCGCUGCAGCGGCCCAGGGUUCGAAUCCCGGCGCACACAGAUGCACCGCUUGUCAAGCCACGCUGUGGCGGCAUCCCAUAUAAAGUGGAGGAAGAUGGGCACAGAUGUUAGCCUAGGGCCGGUCUUCCUCAGCAAAAAGAGGAGGAUUGGCAGAUGUUAACUCAGGGCUGAUCUUCCUCACACACAAAAAAAAUAUAAGAAUAAAAUUAAAUUUUUGAACUAUGGAUAUUACUCUGUCUUUGGUACUUCACAGGGCCCACUCUUUCCCACCUUCUGUUCUGCUGCUUGGAUGUCUCACUGGCUUCUGAAUUAGUGACUGUUUCCUAAUAAUUGUCUUAAAACAGUACAUACACUGGUUUUAUUUUAUGCUAUACUUGAUCUCCUGCUAUAGUAUUGCAGUCAUACUGGCCUUCUUGACACCUUAGGAGAUUUGCAAAUCAAAAAGAGGGGUAGAAGAACAUGGCUGUGAAGACUAAGUACAUCCCUGUGACCAUUCCCUCUCCACCCCCAAAACACUUAACCCAAAGUUUUGCACAUACGUCCAUUACUUUGGGAAACGACUGCACCUUUUUUCUUUCUUAAAGCAAACAAAAAGAACUUGUUUUAUGCUGAGUUGCUGUCAUAGACAGUUCUGAUGAAGAAUAAUCAUUGCUGAGGAGUACAUCCUGCUACCAAAACAUAAAAAUGCUGUAAUGACCAUCAUUAUGAUUUAUGUGCCACACGGAAACAUGUCUGGAGCUGAAUGCCAUGGCUAGAAGCUACUAUGCCUUAGUUAAAGGCUAAUGAGAACAGUACUUCAACUUAUUACCCAAUUUUCUGGAGUGCCAUAGUUAUUUUGGUACACAUUUCAUCAGCAGUGUGUGCUGUGGGAAAUGCACACUGGCAAUACCAUCCAGAAAUUUUCUCAAUUACAUUUGAAAUAGGUUAAAUACUGGCUCAGAUUUCUAAACUCCAGCCCAUAGCUACUUUCCCCCCAGCUAUUUACAGUGGCAUUCCAGCAAAAUAAAAUAUUUUGGACACGCAUAGAUUGUGACAAAACUUACCUAUGUUAACAAAUCAUGGUAAUUACAAACCUCAGAUUAUAUUAAAUUGUUGUAAUACUUGUAACCAACAGCAAGAAUAAAUUUAUAUUUUAAAACAUG